AUGCCUUGCUGCAAAGUUUCCGUCAAAAAAUCCAUGGUUUGCUCCAUCAGCGAUUGCAUCUGCAUUCCAACUGAUGGGAAACCCUUCCUCUGCUUGAGCAAGGACGAGAACGGGAAGAUAGUUCCCUGCUUCGACUGCAAGGCCGUCCAAGUGGACAACAACGAAUGGAACUGCCUCCCGACUGACGGGAAGUCUUGUCUGUGCAUUUGCACCGACGAGGAAGAUACCAUCAAGUCCUGUGACGACUGCACUUGCAUCAACGCCGAAGAAUGCAAGAAGGAGUUCAAGAAAUGCAACAAACCUGGGUGCGUCUGUCUUCCAACUGAUGGUAAAGAUACCAUCUGUGUCUGCAAGAAGAAUGGGAAGAUCGUUCUGUGCGAAUGCAAUGGCGCCGGCACGUGUGGCAGCGCCACUUGUGUCUGCGUAUCUACCGAAGGCGCCAAAUGCGUGUGCCUCUGCUGCGACGCAAAAGGCAACAUAAAGGUCUGCAAAGAUUGUACCUGCGAUUCUAAGAAGAAAGACUCUCUGAUUUGCAACAAAGAAGGUUGUGUAUGCAUCAUAACGGAUGGGAAACCUUGCGUCUGUGUAUGCAAGAAUGGUGAGGGAAUGAUUGUGCGAUGUGAUGAUUGUGAGUGUGAUGGUUCUGGUAAGUGUGACAAGUCAGAUUGUGUUUGUAUUUCGACUGAUGGUGAGAAGUGUGUUUGUGUGUGUUGCGAUGAUAAAGGUAAUUUUAAGAUUUGCAAAGAUUGUUCUUGCGAAGCUAAGGAGAAGGAAGUCCUGAAGUGUAAUAAGGCUGAGUGUGUUUGCAUUUUGACUGAUGGCAAGUCUUGCAUCUGUGUAUGCAAAAACAGCGAGGGAAAGAUUGUUCGAUGCGAUGGUUGUAAGUGUGAUGAUUCUGGCAAGUGUGACAAGCCAGAAUGUGCUUGCAUCCCGACUGAGGGAGCCAAGUGCGUUUGUGUCUGCUGUGAUGAGCAGGGUAACUUUAAGGUUUGCAAGGACUGUACUUGUGAAUCUAAAGAGAAGGUUGUGCCUAAAUGCAGCAAGGCUGAAUGCGUUUGUAUCUUGACUGAUGGUAAAUCUUGCAUCUGUGUAUGCAAGAACAGCGAAGGAAAGAUCGUUCGCUGCGACGACUGCAAGUGUGAUGGUUCUGGCAAGUGUGAGAAGCCAGAAUGUGCUUGCAUCCCGACUGAGGGAGCCAAGUGCGUUUGUGUCUGCUGUGAUGAGAAGGGUAACUUUAAGGUUUGCAAGGACUGUACUUGUGAAUCUAAAGAGAAGGUUGUGCCUAAAUGCAGCAAGGCUGAGUGUGUUUGCAUCUUGACUGAUGGUAAAUCUUGCAUCUGUGUAUGCAAGAACAGCGAGGGCAAGAUUGUUCGAUGCGAUGACUGCAAGUGUGAUGGUUCUGCUAAGUGUAACAAACCCGAAUGUGCUUGCAUUCCUACUGAAGGAGCUAAGUGCGUUUGUGUCUGCGGCGAUGACAAAGGAAACUUCAAGGUUUGCAAGGAUUGUACUUGUGAAUCUAAAGAGAAGGUUGUGCCUAAAUGCAGCAAGGCUGAAUGCGUUUGCAUCUUGACUGAUGGUAAAUCUUGCAUCUGUGUAUGCAAGAACAGCGAGGGAAAGAUUGUUCGCUGCGAUGAUUGCAAGUGUGAUGGUUCUGGCAAGUGUGACAAGCCAGAAUGUGCUUGCAUUCCUACUGAAGGAGCCAAGUGCGUGUGUGUCUGCUGCGAUGACAAAGGCAACUUUAAGGUCUGCAAGGACUGUACUUGCGGUAACUUUAAAGUCUGCAAGGACUGUACUUGCGAUGUUAAAGAAUGUGUUUGCAUCUUGACUGAUGGCAAGUCUUGCAUCUGUGUAUGCAAGAAUAGUGAGGGAAAGAUUGUUCGAUGCGAUGACUGCAAGUGUGAUGGUUCUGGCAAGUGUGACAAGCCAGAAUGUGCUUGCAUCCCGACUGAGGGAGCCAAGUGCGUGUGUGUCUGUUGUGACGAGAAAGGCAACUUUAAGGUCUGCAAGGACUGUACUUGCGAUGUUAAAGAUGCUUUUACUCCCAAAUGCAGCAAGGCCGAAUGCGUUUGCCUUUUGACUGAUGGCAAGUCUUGCAUCUGUGUAUGCAAGAACAGCGAGGGAAAGAUUGUUCGUUGUGACGACUGCAAGUGUGAUGGUUCUGGCAACUGUGACAAGCCAGAAUGUGCUUGCAUCCCGACUGAGGGAGCUAAGUGCGUGUGUGUCUGUUGUGAUGAGCAGGGUAACUUUAAGGUUUGCAAGGACUGUACUUGCGAUGUUAAAGAUGCUUUUACUCCCAAAUGCAGCAAGGCCGAAUGCGUUUGCCUUUUGACUGAUGGCAAGUCUUGUAUCUGCGUAUGCAAGAACAGCGAGGGCAAGAUUGUUCGAUGCGAUGACUGCAAGUGUGAUAGUUCUGGCAAGUGUGACAAGCCAGAAUGUGCUUGUAUUCCUACAGAGGGAGCUAAAUGCGUUUGUGUCUGUUGUGAUGACAAAGGCAACUUUAAAGUCUGCAAGGACUGUACUUGUGAAUCUAAAGAGAAGGUUGUGCCUAAAUGCAGCAAGGCUGAGUGUGUUUGCAUCUUGACUGAUGGCAAGUCUUGCAUCUGUGUAUGCAAGAAUAGUGAGGGAAAGAUUGUUCGUUGUGACGAAUGCAAGUGUGAUGGUUCUGGCAAGUGUGACAAGCCAGAAUGUGCUUGUAUUUCUACUGAGGGAGCUAAAUGCGUUUGUGUCUGUUGCGAUGACAAAGGCAAUUUUAAAGUAUGCAAGAACUGUACUUGCGAUGCCCAGGAGACGGUAGCUCCGAAAUGCAACAAUGCUAAAUGCGUUUGCAUCUUGACUGAUGGCAAGUCUUGCAUCUGUGUAUGCAAGAACAGCGAGGGAAAAAUUGUUCGAUGCGAUGACUGCAAGUGUGAUGGUUCUGGCAAGUGUGACAAGCCAGAAUGUGCUUGCAUCCCGACUCAGGGAGCCAAAUGCAUUUGCGUCUGUUGUGAUGAGAAGGGUAACUUUAAGGUUUGCAAGGAUUGCACUUGUGGAAAACUAACUGUCUGCAAGGACUGUGCUUGCUGUGACAAAGAUUGUGUCUGUUUCUUGACACAGGGAAAACCUGUCAUUCGUGUAUGCAAGAAAGAUGUAAAAUUAACAGUAUGCAAGGAUUUUCUGAAUGAUGAAGCUUGCAAGUGUGAGGAGUGCUGCGUGUUGAUUGGCACUCAUGGAAAGAAAUGCGUGUGUGUGUAUAAGGAUGAAAAUAAUUGUAUCGUUGUGUGCGACAAAUGUGACUGCGCAUAA